UCAUAUAUAAUUAGUAAGUAUCCUAUUCUCCAUGACAAAAGCAAACCAAAACACGUUGUCCGUACCUUCCUUUGUUCUCACUCAAUUAAGCUCUAUAAAGAAUAAAGAUAUAACUCAAAGAGAGCUUCUGUAUUUCCUUUUGGUUCAAAAUUCUGUUGGAUUGUUUCGGUUCUAAUUUAUAGAUCCAUCGAGAGGGAGAAUGAGUUCUCAUUUCUACAAAUCUGCUUCACGAGCCGCUAGGUCUCUUCUCUCGUCUGCUUCCAAACAUAGACAUCAUGUUGUCUCUGAAGGAAGAACAGCCAUGGCGGCUGCAACAGUAUCCUAUAAAGGAAAGCUGCCAGCUCUAGUCUCUUUUUGCGAUUCGUCAACAACCUCCAACAAAUGGAUUACUGGAGCCCUUGCCCUACCAGCUGCAGCAUAUAUGCUUCAAGACCAAGAGGCAUAUGCAGCACAGAUGGAGCGAACCUUCAUUGCUAUCAAGCCUGAUGGUGUACAAAGAGGACUGAUAUCAGAGAUUAUACACAGGUUUGAACGUAAAGGCUUCAAACUCGUAGCUAUUAAACUUGUGGUACCUUCAAAGUCCUUUGCCGGGAAGCAUUAUCAUGAUCUCAAGGAUAGGCCAUUUUACAAUGGCUUGUGCAACUUCCUUAGCUCUGGCCCUGUUCUUGCAAUGGUUUGGGAAGGAGAAGGUGUGAUUACAUAUGGCCGUAAACUUAUUGGAGCUACAGAUCCACAGAAAUCAGAGCCCGGAACCAUCAGAGGUGAUUUGGCCAUUGUUGUUGGAAGGAAUAUCAUCCAUGGAAGUGAUGGUCCAGAGACAGCCAAGAAUGAAAUCAGCCUGUGGUUCAAACCAGAGGAGCUGACUAAUUACACCAGCAACCAAGAAAAAUGGGCCUAUGGAGUCAACUAAUUGACAUGUUCAAGAAUCAUAUAUAGACAACAAAAAAUUAACACCGUAAACAGCUUAUUUAGAUGGGCUUGUUUAAUUUGUUUCUAGAAAAUAAACCACACACAUAAUAAGAUGAAUACUGAAUAGAUCUUUUAUUUGUCUUUAAAAUGUUGGGCUUCAUUCUUUCUUAAUACAAAUGAAUCAUCUUUGAUA